GCAGGUUGUUCGGUUUCCUAUUGUUUUGACAAUCGUAUUUGAAGUAGCUUUCCUCCACUGACAAAUUGGAAACAAUGAUGACAUUGGGUCCAGGACCAUUGCGAGGAAAUAAUUGGGAGGAAAGAGGGAUGAGUGAAAUUGUGCAAAUAUUAAUUUCAUAUGACAGCCACAGGAUCUGUUCGAUCCAGUUCGCAUACGUUCAAAAUGGUGGCGUGAUGCAUUCAAAAAAAUAUGGACAAGACUGUCGCGUGGGAUUUGAUGCAGUGACAUUUGAUUAUCCGUCCGAGUAUUUAACUUCUUUAAGUGGUCGCUAUAAUGAUGAUGGUCAAUUGACUUCUAUUGUGUUUGGCACAAACAAACGUAAAUAUGGACCCUUUGGACAGACAUCCACAUCUACAAAAGGCGAAUUCAACUAUAAAUUUGGAACGAGGUCCUCUUUUGCAGGUUUUUAUGGAACCGUUUUGUAUGGUUUAGUGUAUGCUAUUGGAGUCUACGUCAAGCCCAUCCAGUCUCUUGCUGAACUCAACAACAAGCCCACUGAGUUUGUUGCUGAAGUCAAAACUGAAAAAUGA